AUGAGGGUCUCCCAGUCCUGUGGGGAGAGCUGCAGCGGCGGCGGCGCCCCCGCUGGCGGGUGCCGGCCGGAGGCCUGCUUCUCCAUCGGGUUCGGAAACACUAAUAACCCUGACCGUAGAUUCGGGAGGACGGAGGGUUCCUCAUGGAUUCCGUGCCUUCCACCUUCCCCAUCCCUCCCUUCCUUCCCCCACUUCCAUUUCCCCCAUUUCAAAAGCAUCCACAUCUCUCUCUCUCUCUCUCUCUCUCUCAUGGCGUCCCGGCUCCGCUUCGUCUCCUUCCUUCUUCUCCUUGCUGUGUAUCCUGCCAUCUCCACCAACUCCGAAGGGGAGGCGCUGCAUGCGCUGAGGGCGAGGCUCUCCGACCCGACCAACGUGCUCCAGAGCUGGGACCCCACCCUCGUCAACCCUUGCACUUGGUUCCAUGUCACCUGCGACGAUCGCAACCGCGUCAUCCGCCUGGAUUUGGGCAAUUCCAACAUCUCUGGUCCUCUGGGUCCCGAGCUCGGCCGCCUCCAGCACCUUCAGUAUCUGGAGCUUUACAGGAACAACUUCGAGGGGAAGAUCCCUGAAGAAUUGGGCAAUUUGAAGAGCCUCAUCAGCAUGGAUAUGUACGGAAACCGAUUGCAGGGAGAAAUCCCCAAGUCUUUGGCCAAGUUGAAAGCGCUCCGAUUCCUGCGUCUGAACAACAACAAGCUUUCGGGAUCCAUCCCAAGAGAGCUUGCCACUCUCUCGAACCUAAAAGUCUUUGAUGUUUCCAACAAUGAUCUUUGUGGAACCAUUCCGGUCGAUGGCCCGUUCACCAAUUUCCCCUUCCAAAGUUUUGAAAACAACAGCAGACUUAAUGGGCCGGAGCUGCAAGGACUAGUCCCUUAUGAUUUUGGAUGUUGAACAUUACACGAUCUACUACCCCUGGAGAGGGAAGCUAUUGUAGAAAAGUAUAGAAAGCCGGAAGGCAGGUGGAGCUAUAUUUAUGAUGUUACCUACAACAGCAUCAAUGAACACUCAAAGAUGAUGCUAAGAUUGAUAAGUUUAUAUUAUGCUGAAUUGCACUCUUUCAUAUCCUUA